UAUCUAUUAUUAAAUAAUUGUGAUCGAUUUUCGAGAAUUCCGUUUUUGGAAAAAUGAUUUGAAUUCAAUCGAAUUUUUUGUAGCAAGAACUAUUUAAGCAUUAUGUUUAAUUAAAUUUGUAUAUAUUAUUCAAUAUUAUUCAAAACUUAAAAUAUUGUUGUACUUUAAUUUUAAAGACCCACAAAUAAACGCUAUAGUUAUUAUUAAUAAGUAUCUAAUGAGAAAAUAUAUUGAAACGCUUUCCAUAUAAUCAAUGCAAAUUUUUAGUCCAUUGAAGACCGGCAAAAUUUUUACUCCUUAUUUAAUUCUGCAAUCGAAGUUUAAUUGAAGAGCGCCGUCCAAUAAUGAAUAGCUGCAUAUCCCACGGCAGACAAACGUUUAAUCGAGUUGUAAUUGAAAAAUAAUUGAGCACAUCCGAUGCAAUCGCCGCUUCUUUCCUGGCAAUUUUCGAUGGCGCGAUUGACAAGGGAACGCAUGCGUCCCUCCCGAUCUCGCAUCUCGCCGAGGGAAACCAAGAUCGCAUUCUGCCAGUUUCGCACCUACCCUUAUAUCCGCGUACACGCACCUGCUCCAGAGAUGGAGAAGUCGGUGGCCGCCGCAACACCUGUGGCUCCGUUCGAAUCGUCGUCGAUGGACGAGCUGAGCGAAGAGGAGACGACGCUGAUAAUCGGCCUGUGUGUGCUUAUCAUCGUCGUCUUCAUAAUUCUCGUCGGCAGCGUCAUCCUCUGCCUUUCGCUUCGCAGGGGCGAAACCUUCCUGUGGGACACGGCGGAAAGAGAGGCUCGUCGUUGCUCCAAGCAAUCCUCGCUAGAAGCGGCAGAGCAGUAAAAAUUACUUUAUCAUUAGAAAAAAAAAUAAAAAAAUACUCGAAACGGGAUAAUAUUUUUGUAACGGUUUUGUAUUUUUUUUUAUCAUUUGAAAAUUUGUAACGUGACAUUUUCAAUAAUAUGAUAUUUUCCGAAUUCCAAUUGAUUCGCUUCGAUUUGGAUUUAACAAAAUGCGCUCCUCGGCUUUUCUCAUCCUCCUCGUUGAGAGUUUACUCAAAGUUUGUGCCACCUCUCGUCCCAGCAGGGCUUCUCUAUUGUCUUAAUAGUUGCUUUUGUGUGUACACACUUGGGCCAAUAUUCAAAGACGCAAAACGCAAAGUGCUUGCAGUGCUGCGUCAACUUUUGCCUGCCAGCAGGUUUUUCACUCUACGUAACCUCUCCAAACGCUGCACCAAAGAUAAAAGUAUAUAAGAAAAACGCACUUUUUUAUUGUUAUAAUAAUAGAGAGUGACUUACUGCUGUUCCUAUUGGCCUAUAUUAUAAUUAAUUACAUAGCUAGGGCCGUUAAAUUUAGAAAACAGAUUAUUUUCUUCCAAUGUUAACACAUGGAAGAUCAAAUUUGCUUGAAUUAUAAAAUUUCAAAACGAUUGAAGCACAAUUCAACCCAUCUAAAAACCCCCACGUAAACCAGUUAUUAAAUUACUUAAUUUUCGUGGCCCAAGUUAUUGCAUAAAAACUCUUGUCUUUCUGGUUACAUGUUUGUUGGGGCAGGCGAAAGAUAAUGUUAUUUAAAAAAUCGCAAAUACAAAAUAAGUAUUAUUUAAUAAUAAGUUUAUUUGCAUUUAUAACAAAAUUUUAUUAAAACUUUUUGAGCUCAGUGUUAUGAAUGAAAUGAUUAGUUUUUCUAUUUCAAAAUAGACUCUUGAAUUUAUUCUGAUCUUCAAUUACAUAAUAUUUAUGUAUGAUGAUUGAUGAUUCUCACUAAAUAACACAAUAAAAUAAGCGUGUUCAA